AUGGCGAGCUUCAUCGACCUCAUGUCGUCGCCAGACCCCCUGAUAGACGAAGAGAUACCGAGCUCCAUGCGCCGAUCCACCCGCCGUACAGCCAACAGCUCGGCACGUUCGCAAUACUCGUCACUGUUCGUGCCGGAGACCACACCCCGGACCCGCGUUUCGUCCACCGGCAAGUCGCCCCGGAAACAGACGUUUGAGCUUGAUGUCGGCAAUGAGCUGGCGCCGCAGAGGAUACUCGUUACCGUCGAAGCCGAAGAUUUUGCCAAGAGCCAGGGCGCCACAAGCCGCCGUCUCUUUACUUCGUCACCAUCGCGCAGCGUUAGCCGCAGGAGGGAAACGGGUACGACAACAACAACAACAACAACAGUUCCGCUACGAGGCUUGACAGACGAUGAAGGGGGUGAUAAUGGUGAGGAGGCACCGACACCGCGACGCCGUGGACGUCCGCCGGGGAGCAAAAAUGCGACGCCAAAUCCUAGGGGGAAGAAGCGUGCGGGCACCCCCAUGCGCAAGACUCCGGCACAAAGACAACAGCGCCACGGCGAUGCUGAGUCCGAGGCCAGCAUUUUCGGCGAUGCGCUGAUGGAGACGGAUGGGAAUGUUGGUACGGAGGCUAUGUCCAAGCUCAAGAGCACGGCGAAAAGACCCAAGAAAGCAGCCACUCCGGUGGUGCCAUCGAGUCAGCCGACUGGGAGGAAACGAGGACGACCGAGGAAGGCGUCGAUGCCCCAAGAGGUGGCCAUUCUGACGGAUGCUAUCAGCGAAGCUGAAGAUAAAGGCGUGGGUCCGAAUAUGUUGCAGGAGCAAACGGGCGGCGAAGGACCUUCUGAGGCUAGCACUACAAGAACUAAACGGCCCGAAGGUGAAACCCAUGCGACAGAGGAAAUGGAUGCUCCUACGUUACCAUCCUUUGAUUCACCGCCACAGCCGGACAUCAAUUACACCUUUACAGAACAUGACGGACAGCGACCAGAAUCCGGGCAAGAACCUGAGCCGAACGAAGCAUCGGGGCAUGAGGCUCGGUGGGACGGUGGAGACGCAGAUUUGUUCGAGGAUUUUAUGACGGAGCCUCACAGUGACCUGGAAUCCUUAUCGGGCCAAGCUAGAGAAGGGACUUACAAUGGUCAAGAUAAUAAUACUCUGGAUCAUGCCUCGGACUUCAGUAUGAUUGCAGUCGAGUCUCUACCAUCCUUUCAAGCUUCAUUUCAGAGCAACCAGAGUGGUCUCAUUCCGGGCUACCACGAUGCCGACAACGCCGGGGAUGAGACGAAUAUGAUGAUAAAUCAGACUAUGGCAUCUUUGAGAAACAGCACCCAUAGCCAGUCAGAAAUGAGAGCAAGUACCCAGAGCCAAUCAGCCCUCAGAAGCAGCACUCGGAGCCAAUCAGGCCAGGAGACGGGAGACACAGUUAGCAGAGGGCGAAUACCAGCGUACCAAAGCUCUCCCAUGCUACCAGGGAACAUGGCCGCGCCAGACUCGGUUGUGUCAAGUCGUCAAGCAUGGUCGAGAAGUCCAUCACGAAGUCCAAGAAGGCAAAAGCAAACGCCCUUGCCAUUGAGCAGACAAGUGUUCGUUAGCAAAGCACCCGCCACAGACCCUCGAACAGAGGACUCCUUUUCGAGUGUUCCGGACAGCGUCCUCAAGGCAGCUACACCCCGAAGAUUGACAAUGAAGCCCACAGACCCCACUACGGAAAACAAGGACACCAGCAUGUACGACGACUCUUUUUCAGAAAUACCGGAUGAGGUGCUCGAGGCAGCUACCCCUCGACCACGUCCACGCCCGGCAAUCCAGCAACUAUCAAGCCAAGACGAAAGUCCUGCUAGCUCAACAGCUGGAAGAGAAGCUACAUCGGCCAGUAAGACAGCCAACUCGUUCGGAUCUAGUAGACUACCCACUCCUGACGAUACGUCCUCUUCGGCCGCAGGUUCUAAGAACACCACCCAAGACGGCAUGACGCAACAUGUGGACGAAUCACAAGCAGCUAUUCCAAACACAUCUGAUCUUAAUAUCCGGUCAUCCCCGCCGGCAAUCAAGCAAACCAUUUCUAAACCCAUACAAACAGAGCAAGACCUGGCAGGGACUCCGUCGCCUCCUGCCUCAUCUCCCCCCCUACCUGCUGCCAGAUCAGAAUCUCCAGACCUAGCACAAGCCCAAGGUCCGCUGCUCCAGCCGCCGGCGCCUGUCAGACGCCCAACUCUGUCCCCGAUUGUCCGGGUGGGCAGAACACUACAAAGCGUCAUGACGGACCGAUCGUCUCCUGACGGCCGUGAGAGCAGCUUGGGAAGUCCGUUUCGAGGAUCAUCAGUGGUCAACGAGUCGCGCCAAUCCUCGGUUGCUAAAUCACCAAACAGCGAUGGUCAAACCUUGUUGUCCCAAAAUGGCACCCACUCGACCUUCAAUGCCAUAGCGUCAUUUGCGCAAAGCAUCAAAUCCAACUUUAGCCAAAGCCAAAGCCAACUACAAGCAACUGGUCCUCGUGACAUACUAGGCAAUGUGGAGGAUCCCUUCGGCCCGGACAUGCAUGGCCAUUCCCAAACGGAAUCGUUGCGAAUGUCGGCUUAUGACCAAAGAAACCAGGGCGAGACUCCUCGACCUGGACAGCCAAUCAAGUUUCCUUUGGUGACGAGUUCUACCAGAGCUGCGCCGGCGACAAGUGAUGAUAUGGGCUCUGCGGCGAACGAGAGUAGUCCGGCGCAACAGAAGGGGAGGCGCUUGUCCAUAUCAAGACCUUUUCAUUCCAUAAACUCGAGUCUCUUUGGUACUCGAGGAUCCAAUGGUACCCAAGUUAUGGACUUUGGGGUUGCAGAGGACUCACAGGGAGCGCAGCAUAUCGAGGAGCGAGGGGAUCCCGAGACGAACAUGGAGGAUGCGAAUGAUCUAGAGAGACAAGACGAAGUUGCGUAUGAAGCUGAAGAUGACAGCGGCAACCGGUCUGAUGACGAGGGAGAAGAAGAAGAGGUCGACCUUUGGGAUAUUGAAGCUUCCCGGUCGACGCCUCGGCCUGCCGAAGUUGUUCGGGCGGAAGCACAAGCCCGCAGGCAGUCGCAAGGUAAACCGCAAGGACAAGUGCAGACAAAAGUACCCCCUCCGCGCCGCAGCAAACUUCCGAGCCCCUGGAGAAAGAGCACGAGACGUCUGAUUUACCAAGACGAAGUUCGGAGCCCUGCCCAGAUCGAGAUCGAGGCUGAAUACAGUCCUGAAAGCGUGGGUGACGACGAGUUUUUCUUGCUGAAGGAAAUCGCCAACCCCACUGCUCAACCGAAGGCACAGGAAGCCAUGGAGGCUGCGCGGGCGGCUGAGUAUGAACCUGAGGACUAUCCAAUAGAAGCUCGGCAUGAUGAAGAGAUCCCUGAAUCUGAGGGCCAUGAAAUGGUGCAUCAACAGGAGGAGGAUAUCCCCGAACCUGCGGACUAUAGAACCGCAGUUGAGCAAGAUGAGGAUACCCCUGAACCUGCGGACUAUGGAAUCGCAGUUGAGCAAGAUGAGGAUACCCCUGAACCUGAGAAUUAUUCCAAGGUAUAUGAACAGUAUGAUGUCAUGCCCGAACCUAAGGAUCAUCCCAUGCCACAUCAGCAGGAUGACGACUUGCCCGGAUUUGAAGAUCACCUCAUGUCACCUCAGCAGGAUGACAUCCCCGAACCCGAAAAUUAUUCCAAAGUGUCUCGGCAUCAGGACCGGGCAAAGCCGCAGCAGGAAGCCCGCGAGAGAAGUGAUAUUACCCAGUAUUCCAUGCUAUCAGAACGGGAGGGAGACACUGAGGAAUACUCCAUGGUGCCGAAGCAGAAGGAAAAGGUACCAACAACACAAGAGAAGCCGGCGUCGGCUAAGUCAAGAUUCAGCGCCUUCAACAUCCUGUCCUUCUUCUCCUCACCCGCACCUUUGCCACAAGGCAAUGGUGAAAACGCGCCCAAGGCCGUCGCAAAACCUACACCUCGGACUCGGCCAGCACAGAACACUGAGGAACCGCGAUCGGUACUACGAGCUCCCGGCCUCUUUCCAUCCAUUCCCCAGAAGUUCUUCAAUCCCAGCCCGGAGCGCCGCGUUGACCUGUUCUCUCCUGGCAGUGCUCUCAAGUCAAACGACACAGUUGCAGACACAUACGCACCGUCGCCCUCUACCCCAGAGCGGCAGGAAUUCCCUCACAUCCCCCAGAAACAAAACUUCACGCCGCUGUCGCGCCAAUCGCGCAACACGGCUUCACUUUUCACACCUAGUAGGCAGACAACGCCCGUCAGUCCGGAGAAACCAAGUUACGAUGAUGACAUGCACCAACCACAUGGCGACCAGAAUAUUGGCGAGUCAUCCAUCCUGAGCGUCGAAUCGGAGUAUGAGCGCUUACCGCCGCGCGCCAAACCAUCCAAGUGGGACAGGACUCUUUCCCCAACCAAGUCGUGCAUGCGCUCGCCCUUGAAGCCGCGCACUCCUGGCCGCGUCGUCGAGUUCUCGGCUGCCACGCUAAACCCCCUGGCACAGGCUCAAAUGCGGACUGAGCAGCGAAACGUCCCGAGUUUGUCUCUGGGUAAUCGCACAUUGUCGCAGAAUCAACCACUGCUGUUGCCCGUCGUGCAUGAGGACCAAAACAAAGAAAAAGAGAAGCGGGGUGGGACUGAGAGCCGUCUCUCCAUCUCCAACUCAUCCAACUCAUCCAAUUCAUCCACUACUGACUUCACCUCUGCCCCCCCUUCUUCGGCCCCGAGUCGCAACACCCGACCCAAACCCUCUACCUCCUCCACUUCCACAUCGAAUUCCAAAUCCUCCACCUCAUCUUUCCUCAGCCCAACAACUUGGAGAAAACAGCAUUGGGUCCGACUUGACGAGAUGUUACAGCUCCGGCGCCGUGACCCCCUGCUCUUCCAGCAGCGCUGCCCCCUACCCACGAAGGACAAGCGCCGGACCCAGGCCAUCCUGGGGAAAGAGGUCAGCGCCCAGGGCGAGCGCAUGAUCCUCGAGCCCUGGCACCUCGAUAUCGUCGAGGCGUUUCGGUUCGAGGUCGGCGGGUGGGACGAAAGAGUAUUGGCGAAGAGAUUGUUUGCGCUUGUGGUCGGGGAGGAGAGGAGACGGAAGGGGAUUAUUAAGGGUGGGGAGAGGAAGAAGCUGCAGCAGCAGCAGUAG